AUGACUCUUCUCGUCCUCAGUGGUAGUUGCAAGCACGAUAUGCGACUCAUCAACACCAAUACCGGCGAGUUCGAGACGUUCUGGGAUACUCAGCGUCCACAGUAUGCAAUCUUGUCCCAUACUUGGGGAGACGAAGAAGUCUCGUAUCUAGACUAUUUGUUCCUCACUAGUAAUCUGCCUGCGACGUCAGCAGGAGUCGUCCACGCAUUGCUGAAAACUCCUCGAGCCGACAGCGCAGGGAUCAGAAAGAUUCAAAAUUGCUGCAAACUAGCGAACAGCAGGGGUUUUGGUUGGGUCUGGGUUGACACCUGCUGCAUUGACCAAAGUAGCAGUGCAGAAAUUUCGGAAGCCAUCAAUUCGAUGUGGGCUUGGUACCGGGAUGCGGCAGAGUGCUACGUGUAUCUCGUCGAUGUCUCGGCAAUGCCACAAAGGGAUACUGCAGUCGAUGACCUACACGCCGACGAGGCUAUCAGAGAGCAAUUCCGGAGUGCUCGAUGGUUCGGACGUGGAUGGACUCUUCAAGAACUACUUGCUCCGAAAAUUGAAUUGUUCUGUAACAAUCUCUGGGAGGUCAUCGCCGAAAAGUCUGAUAUAGGGGAGGAGCUGUCCAAGAUCACCAAAAUUCCCCUGGUCUUCCUCGAUGGCACUGUUUCACCUUCGGAUAACAAACUUUGCAGUAUAGCAAUGCGGAUGAGCUGGGUUUCUCGCCGUCAGACGACUCGCAUCGAGGAUAUGGCAUAUUGUAUGCUCGGACUGUUCGAUGUACACAUGCCUCUCAUUUACGGCGAGGGCCGAAAGGCUUUCAUGCGUCUACAACUGGAGAUUCUCAAGAAGAGUGACGACGAUUCUAUCUACGCAUGGAAAGCGCCCUUGGACAAGUCAGGCUUACUUGCGACAUGGCCAACUGCUUUCGUAGAUAGCGACGACAUUAUUCAGAUUGUAUUCCCUGAUGACCCGACUCCUUGGAUUCCUCCAAUAAUGACGAGCAUCGGUCUCGAGAUGCGAGGGCGGUACAAGAGGGACGACCCGUAUCAGGAUUCCGUCGAUGUACGACACGGGGUACAUACCAUCCAUACGUCAAUCAAUACAGCUGGGCGUGUUUCUUUAGUUAUGUACUGCGGACCCAAGAAAGAAUCGCAGCCUCCGACCACUUAUGAAUCAAAGCACAAAGACCGAGUGGUGGCACUGGUGCUCGACCUGCGACGUAUCGGGUCUACGUGGCAGAGGGUGAAUUGCAAAAAGCUACAAUUCGCUCAAUAUAUCAUGGAAAAACCAGCCAAGGUGGAAGCAUACAAAAUAUUCUACGUUGAACAGCAAGGCUUGUGACAAAGGACC